AAUUUCAAUUCAAAAUGGCGGCAAUUAGAAGCAGACUUUGAGAAAAGGUUGCCUGAAACAAAUAAGUUUUACGGAAAUAUAUCGUUAAAAUGCCUGAAGAAAGAAAAGAAGAUGCAGACGCCUCUAUUGCUGGCGAAGAAGAAGGCGAAGAGGAGAUUCCGUCGGACAUCAUGCCACUUUUCUUCACAAGCAAAACCCAAGAAAUAUUUGGCUGCAAGGGCGACGAGGAUGUUACGGAGGAGAACCCGCACAAGUUGAUCCCAAAGGAAGCAAUCAUUCAGGAUUUCAAAGAUAGGGCAGCUGUCUCAGAUUUUCAUCCAGCCAAACAAAUUGUUUUGGUAAGUUUCAUACCUUUUAGGUGGAUGUUGAUGGUAUCAGUAUCCGUGUAAACGUUUUGUCCUACAUGUGUUCAGCUUCUGCUGCAUCCUCAUCUUUUUGCCUGUCAGAACGUGUGUGCUACUCAUUCAGGACUUCAACCAGCCAACAUUUUUUACAUUGUAUUUUGUCCCUUUAACCCUUAAACUUUCAUGAGUGACCAUUACGGAAUUUCUCCUUACCACAUCAAUACAAAGACUCAAGACAAGUGAUGAGUGUAAUGAAAAAUAUAAAUUAUCAGUUUAUCCAAUACCGAGUUUUUUUCAACUAACAUCCAAGGAAAUGUAUGAUAGACAGUAAGGAGAAUUACUAGUGACAGAGAUCUUGGCAGUGGAAGGGUUAAUGAAAUGUCUCCAGGUCUCUCUCAUCUUAUAGCUUCUUCUGAACAUUGCCUUUUUAUCAUAUGUGUAGGACUAUGCAGCUGAUCAACUCCUUGUAGUGUAUGAUCCCAUCUUCAAGUAUGGUCAAAAUUUCUAUCUUGCUCUCACUGAAGAGGCUAAGGAGAGGCUUCUUAAUGUAAGUGUAAACUUUUAUUGAAAUUUUUCAGGAAUAAGAUCAAAUCAGGAAUAAGACCAAAUCACUAAUCAAUUAGUGUACCCCAUACUGUAACCAAUCAUCAGUAUCACUGAAUAAAGGGGGUAAGUUUCUUAAGAAACUGUGGUACUGUUUCAGUGAGAGAGUAUAAUAAGGUAAUUUUGUAUUAUCAACUGAGUUGAUAAGUUAAAUGUAAAUUGGCCACCAUAAAGAGUUUCAAAACUGACAUUUCGAGCAUUAGCUCUUUUGUCAGAGCAUCGCUGUCCCAUUAAUGAUUCACUCUUGUUAAGGACAAAUGCUUGAAACAUUAGCUUUGAAACUCUUUAUGGUGGCCUGAAUGUUAAUUAUUGAUUUCAAGUUUUUUCCACUCAGAGUUAUGGCCUAAGCAUGAAGCACACAGGCCUUAACCAAAUCCAUGCAGAAAAAAAAACAGGUUUCUUUAUUUAUAGUAUGGACUUAAAGAUAUAGUAUAUAUUAUUAAAGCCAGCUAAAUUCAAUUAAAAAAAAGAGUCCUUAAAUAAAUAGAAAAUAAUCUUCAAAACAAAUUUUGCUACUGUCUAUCUUGAUCUGCAUUACUAGUGGAAACUCUGCAAGAACUUUGACAAGAAAUUAGGUAAACUUGGUUAGUGUAAGAUUUCAGCUGUUCAUCCAAUUGAAUUAUUGUUAUUUUAUAUGCUCUUAUUUUUCCCCAGCCCCCUCAAGAUGAAGCACAAGAUGGUGAGGCAGAGGAAGGAGAUGGAGAAGACCUGAUCCUAACACUCAGAAAGUUUCCCAGAACACCACAGCCAUGGCAGUCACUUGGAAGUGAAGUUGAAGUGGAAGAAGAAAAUGUGAUAGAAAACAGACCUAAGGUCAGGAAGGGAAAUUUUUUAAAUAAAAUUUGUCUUUUAAUGUAACCUCAUACACCUUCCUAUAUGUAUUUUCCCUUCAGGUUAAAUUUAGAAUUUCAAGGAAGAGACGUGAGUUUGGGGUACCCGUGACUUUUGGUGACCGGAAUGUGUCUGAUGCAAAAGAUGGCUUUGUAGAAUGUCCUUCAUUUGAAGAUGAUGGGUUUAGCUUGCUGAAGAAAGAACUAGACAAAGGCAUACAGGUACAAAGUACAUUCUGUGUGCAUUUGUAGAUUUGAAUUGACCCACUGUUAGUGAAGUGGAAGUUACUGUCAUAUGACAAAAAUUAUUAAAUCCAAUUUGAGCUCUUAUUUAUUGAUUACAGCUGUAGCUCAUAAAAAUAGCAUAUACAGUAGUUUACAGUUAUCUGGAUAAAUUAUGCUCAAAAUAUAAACUGUUAUUCCUAUAUAUGAAUGUCUUGUUAUAGGCAGUUCCAGUGUUAACAGAUAAUGGAAAUCAAACAGAAUGGUAAGAUGCAUUGUCUUCAGAACUGAGAUUAAAUUAUGUACACUGUAUUUUCAAACAUAGAUAAAGAAGUUCAUUAACUGGUAACCAUCUUCAGAUUCCCAAAGCUUAUAGACUUGAUAUUAAAAAAAUAAACAAAUUUAUACAUGUAAUGAAAAGAAUUGUAUGCAUUCAGUUUGACUCAAUCUACUUACAGGAGAAAACCAUGUAAUGCUGUGACACAGUAUAGUGCAAGAACUUUGGAAGAGAAGUCCAAAGAUGACAUCAAAAGAGCAACAACAGACAUCAUCAGCUUUAUUGAAAAAGUCACGCCAAGGUACGCAAAAAGCCAACCCAUUAUGUCUCAAUAAGCAUGUCAUUAUAUUUUGUCUGUCAGUGUUGUCUAUACCAGUUGAUUCAUGUGAUCUUGAAUGUUUUGCUUUGUUCUUGUUGAGCCUUUUGAGUUUUGUUUGAAUACUGUCCAGUUUCAUGAUUAUUAUAUGCUCUGAUGUGAUCAAAAUCUUGAAUUAUCAGUCCUACACACAUGAAAAAAAAAAACAUGUAUCUUGCAGCAAUUUUAUAAAGAUUCAACUUGUUUAAAAUAACAGAUUUCUCUUUCAGGUUUGAGCUGGCCUUGCAGCAAAAUGAGAUACUGGAUGUGUUCUAUGAUGAUUACUUGUCUCUGGCAGAUGAUGAAACUACUUUUGGAGCAAAAUCAGACAAUUAUUUGAAGGUUUGUAAAAGUCUUUCAACAUUUUAAGAUGAGCAUAAUACAGUUUCACACUUAAAGUUUUGUACUUUAAUUAAUUAGCUGUAUUCCAUGCAGUCAUAGAAUUGUUCCCUGACAUAUGCAUUUAGGCUCAAUUCAGUUAUAAUUGCGCUAUUUUAAUUUAAUAAGGUAUGAUAUAUAAGAGAGGAUAGAGUUCAAUUUGGUCUUUAAUCAUAGUUGCAGUGAUGAACAGAAUUGGACAGCUGCUAAGCAAGAGUACAGUUAGUUAAUAAUGAGUAUGAUUACAGUCCCUGUUACUCUUACUGAGAGCUUGAUGAUGUGAAACACUUAAGUGGAGGUACCCUCAAGACCUCAAAUGUGAAUGCAAAUUCCUAUCACAGAGCCAUGACUCAUAACCUGUUAUUAAUAUUAAUUCAUUUCAUCCAAAUUCAAGUGCUACUUGCACAAUAUAUACUAUUAAUAAUAAAAUGAGGCUGCUGAUAACCAAUCUCAUUCAAGAAUCUUUUAAUAGUUUUAAUGAAAUCCUUACAUUUAACACAAUGGAACUGUGAGAGUAAUGAGCACUUACUUACAAAUUUUGACAGGAAUACCAGUCAUUUACUGAUCUUCAGUAUAGCAAGGAAAAAACAAUCACAGACAUUCAAUGGCAUCCAGUUAUCAAAGGUAAGUUGAUGGUUAUUUAUGAUCUAUUAACAACAUUGAUAAUGAAAACAGAGAGUAAACAUCAGAACUGCAUGUGGUAACAUGUCAAUUUUUCAUACCUUCAUUAGUAAUAGUGGUCCAACUUUUACCAGUAACAUACAAUAUGCUUUCCAUGUAGUUUAAUUUAAGUUGUGUUUCAACUGUAUGUGGUAUUCCUUGGUUUUCACAGGAAUCAUAGCAGUUUCCUGUGGAGAGGGCCUUUCAUUUGAUGACAGAGUAGACAAUUUUUCUCGCAUUCUUAUGACAUCUUCCCUGGUUCUUAUUUGGAGUUUUUCAGAUCCAAUACAUCCCCUGGUGAGUAUAGAAAUUUUUUUGCAGCACCAUUUUAUAUUCAGUUGUAAUUUACAAUUUUAUCUUGUAGAACAUGAUAAAUAGUAGCAAUUCUUUUUCAAUCCCUUCCUUUCAUUUUGCAUUACAUACUUUUGAAACAGAGUUAAGCCAUGAAAAUAAUUCUUGCCCUUUAACUUGAAAAGUUCCCAAGGACUAACACCAGAUUCAGGAGCAUUUUACAAAAAAAAGCCAACAACUUCCCUGAGAUAUCAGAAUACUUGUUGUCAAAAACAUCUCUAUUUUGUAGAUAUCUCAUUUGUAUUUCCUCAGCAGUUUUGUGUAACUUUAUAGCAAUUAAUAUGUAAACUUCAGUCUGAUUGCAACUUGUUCAUAAUUACCAGAGUUCUUAAAAAGAAAUUCCUUUUCGUGACACUCUCAAAGUACAGGCUGGUGUGUAGUUACUGUGUGAUUUGCUUCCAGGCCCUUCUUGAAGCUCCUGAUGAUAUAUUUUCCUUCAAAUUUAAUCCUUCUGAUCCAAAUAUCAUCGCUGGAGGAUGUAUUAAUGGACAGGUAAUUCCACUGACUGUUGUGUUCCUCUAAAUAUCAAUUAUAACUGGAUCUGAACCUGUACAUGUAAACAAAAAGUGUUUUUGCUUCUAUUAGUUGCUGUUUAAAAAAAUUUACGAGAAAAGUUAUAGUUUACAGUGUUCAGCCAAACCAAAGUUUAAAAUAUCUAUCACAUUUUACAGUUUUGUAUUUUUCUAUCAUGGAAAGCUAAGGUAUUGAGAAUAUUAUGGUUGCAGUUGUCAGUAAUCAUAAUAAUUUUUUUUCCAUUUUGUAAAAAUUAUUAGAUUGUUUUGUGGGACAUAACAAACCACAGUGAAAGAUUACGCACUCACAGGCAAUCUCAUGGCCAGAGCAAGAAGAAUUCUAUGAACUCUUUGGUGAGUAACAAGGAUUUUUUUGAAAAUAAUAAUUGAUUUUGCAGCCAGAGAGCUUGUAAAGUGAAAGGAAUGGACACAUUAGACAUCUAUAACAAACAGGAUGCUCAUAAUUACUUGACAUAGCUCAGUAUUACAAUAAUACUGAUUAUCAUUAUUACUAACAACUAUUAAUCUCUGGUCCUUAAAAUCCCCAAAGAUGCAAAUUGUAUUGAAACUGUGUGCAGUUGAUCCCAGAUAUUAAUCAUGUCUGUUAAGAUUCUUAUUCUAACACUGUGUUGUCUCAAAUUUCAAAAGCCUGGUUUUGAAGAUGAAUCAAGCUUUGAUCGAUCACCCAUUCUGAGAUAUUGUGCCGUAUCAUCAAUAGAACACAGUCAUAAGACUGUUGUUACAGACAUCACAUGGAUUCCUGAUCACAUGGAGGUAAAUAUUGUGCAGUUAUGUAUGUUCAUUUGUUUGGUUGUAUAUGCCUUCUGGUAUUUUGUUUUUGUGAGGUUCUUUGUGUGUAGAUUGUGUGCUGAAAUUAGUAAGAAGAAAGGUUUCAUUACCAGUAGAUUUGGUUUCCACCAUUUUUUGGGUGUGGUCUCUCAUCAUCCUGAGAUAGGUAGAGGAGGGGAACAGGGUCAUUUCCAAAAACAGAAGCUUGUAGUCACCCCUUACCUGGUACUUACUAAGCACUCAUUGGGAAAUGAACCUUUCCUGAGAAUAGUUCUUUUUUGGAAAGAUCAAAGAUCAGAGAGGGAAAAAAGGUAGAAUUUAAGCUUGAUGGUCAUGUUAGUACACAACAGUAAAACACCUUUCUUUUUAACAUGAAUGUGUUGGGGGAAGGCUUUAUCAAGUUCAAGUUACUGUAUGAUAGACUCUUUAUCUGUGGAUUCUGUCUUAGAUCGGCCGUAUGGGAGUUGUUGUUGAAAACAAAUCACAGCAGUGCAAUCAGUUAAUGUCCUGUGCUGCAGAUGGGUAAGUGAUAAGUGACGCUUAGUAAUACAAGGAAUCAAAUACUAUAAAAUAAUAUUUUUGAUUUUACACUUGUCAAUGUGAUCACUUUAUCACUCCAUUUACCACUUCUUAUAAACAUACAUCAUAGUAAUAUUCAUAGAUAAUUAAGCUAGCUUAUGUAGUUUCUUUGGAGAUCAAAGAUUCAAAAUUUGAUGAUCAAAAUUUCAGGCAUACAAUAAUGCAAGAAUAUAGCUUUUAAGCUAUAUCACAAUGGACCACACUAUGUGAAGAAACACAACUCUAUAGUUUUUGACUGACAAUAUACUCAUAUUUUUUUUCAUCUUCCCACUACUGUGACAAAUAAAUAGCAUCUUUCUGUAUGUUUUUUCUUCUUUUUGAUGUUUAUUUACAGUACUGUCCUUGUUUGGGACACACGCCCCAGUAAGUCUGCUGCACCAAGUCAGGCCGCAGGUCACAACCCAGUUGGAAUUCUUCCCACAUUUAAACACUUGGACUUAACUUGGAAGCCUGUCCUUAGGGUAAUUCAAGAUAAUUAAUGUAACUUAAUUUUUUUCAGGUUUUAGUUGCUUAAGUUUAAGAUCUGCAGAUGAAACUCCUACAGAGAGAUUCCCCCGUAUAACAGAGAAAACAAAAACCCUCUGUACUGACUACCAUACAAUUCUUAUGAUCAUUUACCUCUAAGAAUUUGGAUCAACAAGUAAUUUCCUAAUUGAUAUAUUUUAUUAUCCUCAUCAUCUAUCUGCUUGAUAUUUUAUUGAUAUUGAAAGGAGAAGUUAUGGGGUUACACUAUAAAAGAAUUGAUAUAAUGACUAUGUAUGAAUUCAGGUUACUGUAUCUCACUCGGUUGGUGCUGGUGAGUUUGGCCCAAGUGUAUUCAGCAUUUCAGAACGUCAAGGAGCAAGAACAUCUGGCUGUGAGUACCAUGAGUUAUCAUUAACUAACAAUAGUCUUGUCUAAUAUCUGUAAAAGCUUAAAUGUUUAUUACCUAUAACAAUUUUUUUUCUGUAGAGAAGUUAGUCAGAUUUGCUUAGAAAUUGGGAGAAAAUUGAAUGAAAAUGUAAAGUUGACUUGUAGAUGUCUAUUAACAGUACGAAUGUUGGUUCAUUCAACAAAAGUAGUUCACCUGAUUAAAUUCUGCAAUAUGUAAAUGACUUACUUGCUACUGAUGGAAUUCUCCAGGGAUAAAUUAGUCUAAUAAUACAACACUUUUGGUACACUUAAUCAGCUGUAACCCUUUACACCAAAACAUCAUUAUUCACAUUCUUUCUACUGUUCUCUAUGCAUCUCAUAAGGUGCUGACAUGGGAAUUUUUUUAACAAUCAAGACCUUCUUUGUUUGGUGAUCAUUUCUUUUAUUCUCCUGACCUGAAUGUGUGAUUCAGGGGAGAUAUUGUAAGGAGAAUUUUGAUACUGGUCACUCUAAGGGGCCAAAAAAAUUAAUUUCAGUGCAGAAGGCAUACAGGGUCACAUGAUGAUUAUACAAAUAUUAGGUGCAUGUAUGUGUACAAGGUGAGAUAUUACAUCCAUCUCUACCUGUUAUAUUUUAACAGCAAAACCUAGUGAGGAAAAAGAGACAAGGGAGAUAUCCAACUUAUCAACCGGUUUGUCCAAAGGUAGAGAUCAUGGCAAGCCUUUGGAGAAUGUCAGCUCAAAAUUUUUCAUUGGAACUGAAGUAAGUCUGUGAAAUAACACCCACCUCACUUACUCACCUCCAGCUUGUGAUUUACAAACUUUUCUCUUAUUCUCUUAACAUCUCAAGUGGGUUAUUACAACAAUAAAACAAUAGAAAGUGUCCUCUAUGGCUUAAAUACUUUUAUGAGGAACCCAUUAUCUUGCUGAUGAUUGUACUUUUGUGAUACAGUAGGUCUGCCAUGUAAUGUUGCUCCGGGUCACCUCAUCUUGACACGGUUGUUUUGUCAUAACAUUUGCAUUCAGAUGGGUAGCCUAUGUAGCUGGUGGUUUUACAUAUGUUUUAAAGCAUUGGGUGAGGGCUGGGAAAAUCUCCAGCUCCUUAGGAUACCAGAUACAUGUUGGUGGAACAUGAUGUAUAGCAUACAUAAAUACGGUUACUUUUAUGACAGGAAGGUGAUUUGGUGUAUAUGGAUUGGAAACCCGAGAAGGAUACGGACAGUGGAAAGAUCGUGUGUAAGUUUGUGGUUCAUGCUUUAUAAUGGCUUGUUUUUGGAUUUUAACUUAUAUUACUAAGAUCUUUUGGCGCAGCACCCAGCCUUUUGAAAUUUUCCAUUAGCCAGCCAGAAAUUUACUAAACAACCAAUUUCCUCUAUGUCACCCAAAAUACGAAAUAUGACUUUGCCCAAGCUUACAGCAGUUUCCAGGAACACAGUAAAAACGUCUGAAAAACUGUCUAAUUUAAAGAUUCAUUUCUUCCUGAAAACUACACUCUGCUGAGUGAAAUGUUUUCAACAUUACCAAAUAAAGAAUCCUUACACUAUUUUUGCACUGGUAACAAUGUCGUGGGAAGAUUAAGAUCAAGAGGUUGUGAUCGUUAGUUUUGUUUUGAGCAAGAACAAAUUAUGAAGGUAAACUGUCUCUUUUCUUUAGCCCCCCGUCCUGAGCAAGUGUGGUUAGCACAUGAUGGCCCCAUCACCACCCUACAGAGGUCGCCUUUCUUCAGGGAUAUACUUCUUACGGUGGGAGGGUGGACUUUUGCAAUUUGGAAGGAAGGAGUAACGGUAUAGUGCUUUAAUUCUCUUUAGUGUUUCCUUCGAUUAACUAAGCCGAUAAUAGUAAUUAUAAUUACAAUGAGGACGACUUCGAUCGUCGCACAUAUGAUGCGGACGUUUUGUGUGAUCGUCAGAAACGGUGGAGCUUUUGAAAAUUUGGGAAAAACGGGAGGUGGGCUCAUCACUUUUCAGGUCAAAUACAUGACCUCACCCAUGACUCUCAAAAUGUUCCUUUAGGUAGCUGUAAGUGCAGUUUAAAACGUAUGAGUUAAAAAAGUUCAGCAGUAUAUUACUUCGUCAAGGGCAACCCUAAUGAAACAAUUUGUGAGAAGGUCAAACAACUGAACAUGUUUCCAAGCCAGUUUUCUGCUGCGCUAUCGAUAUUUUCCGUAACAAAACGUGGGGGAGGCUAAGGUGUGCUUCCCCUUGGGUUUCCUAACCCCCCCUUGCUCCUUCACCUAUGUUUUGAUUGGGCGAUUAUUGAUAUUAAUUUUACUGACAGAAACAAUGACAGUGAGGAUUGUUUCUUAAAGAAGUGACUUCGGGGUAGUUUGAUUCAUUCUUGGUGUCGAAGAAUGUUAACUUAAAAAAAAAAUUGAAACACGAGAAAUGGAAGUGGAGUGAUAAAGGAUGCUGUUCAUAUACUCGGAGUGCAAACACAAUAUAAGAGGUAUCACCUUUUGGAGUUCAGGCACUCAUGUCCAUAUGGCUUCUCUUUCUCUUCUUUUUCUUCUUUGUGUCUCCCUUUCUUUCUUUCAUUCUUUCUCUCUCUUUCUCUUGGGUACAGAAUGGUCCUCUUCUUCAAUCAGCGAGUCAUUUAAUGAGAUUGACAAGGGGACAUUGGAGUCCAUCAAGACCAGGUAACAAACCUAAAUACCUUCAGGGAAAGUAGCGGAGGUAUAGUACCUCUCAGACAUGUAUAACAAUGUAAAAAAGGUGUGAAUGAAACAAAGAUUGAAAAGGAGAAUUUGUUGAGAGAUUAAAGCCUAAAACUAAUUAGAAUUAAGUAACGUUACUGGUGAUUUGAGUUGGGAUUGAUGUGUGGUACUGAUUCAGAAAAGUGAGGGAAAGCUUAAACUGAACACGGGUGAUUUAGAAUGAAGAAGCUGCUUUGAACGUGUUACAGUGUUUGCGAUCCAUUGUAAGCACUCAUCAUCUGUUAAAAAAUUUUAGAUCACAAACCUCGUGUACAAGGAAUUCAUCAUUUUAUUCUCAACCGUUAUUUUCAUUUCCAGGGGUGUUUUUCAUCACCAAGACCGAUGGUAAUGUUGAUGUAUGGGACCUGCUAGACAGGUAUGGAUCUAACAUCAAAUUCUCCACACUCCUCGCUUAAGGAAAUAUGAAGAUGCUAGAGGAGAAUUGAGGUUUUUUGAUAACUUGGUGGAAAUUGUGUUUAAAUGUGUACUCUUUUGUUAGGUCACACGAGCCGUCUUUAACUCAGAAUGUAACUGCUGCUCCCAUCACGACCAUUUCACCUCAUCAGGUUUCAAGUAAGUGUGACAGUAGUUGUUGCUGUAACACCUAACUGCUUUAUGUCUUGUAGUGUUACUCACAGAUGGUUUCUUGUAAAACUAUAAGCAAAGCUAUCGCAACAGCAAAUCACAACUGAUGAAAAUAAUAUAAGGAGCCAAUGUUAACUAAAAGUAGCCUGCGUUACUGGCGAUCUGCGGUUUUAGGGGCGGAGAGAAAAAUGAAAGACUUUCAUUUUUCUCUCCGCCCCCAAAACCGCAGACCGCCAGCAACGCAGGCUAAACUCAAAGUUAAACGGCAAACUGCUCUGUUAGCUGGAAAACGUGCGUAACGAAGUGGCUAUGGGUGUGACUUUUACAUCUGAUUGGUGGAGAGGAUGUGACGAAUUUUCUAUACCCAUAGCAGAGCGAAGAAAAGAAAAAGAAAACUCAUCCAAAAUUACUUUCUACACGUGAUACUGAAUUUCUCUGACGAUCGAUAUGAGUAGUAAAGAAAUCUGUCAUCCAGCUCGUAGAUAUCUCGGCUGCUGUAGUCACUGUAUUACUCGCUUGAUCUGGAUAUUGCUCUAUUCAAGGACUGUCAAAGGCAGUUUUCAAGUGGCACUGUCGCUUCUGUUCCAUGUUUAGUGACGAUUGUAUGUUUGUUUGUUUGGUUAGGUAAGCAGCAGCUUCUAGCUGUCGGUGACGGUAUGGGAACAUUACAUGUCAUGGAGGUUCCUUGGAAUCUUAGGCACCCAUCUGCUAAUGAGGUAAUUUGUUUCUCUAUUUUCGUCCUCGAACUUUUGCCGAGGAGUGUGUAUUCAAGUAAUAUAAGGCUGAAACUAGUACUAUGUCUGAUAAUACUGAUGUAGAAAGAUAUUUUACAGGACUCUUGUUACACGUAUGUGAAGUGUCCUUUCCCUUUCGUGAGAAUAGAGUAGUCACCCUCCCCCCCCCCCCCUUCCGGCACUUCGUUUAGGUACCAGACGAUACACAUAUGUUCAUCUUCAUGUGUUGGUUACCGGAGGAGGCAGUGCGAGGCUUGACAUGUUUGUUACUUGGUCUGAUCAUUUGAUUAAGUAGGCCCAUGCCCAUGUAGUCGAGUUGAUUUCAUGUUUACGUCUCGUAGGCCAAUGCAAUGGAAAACUUUUUUGAACGAGAAGUUAAGCGACUGGCAUUCGUGGAAGAGAGGAUGAAGAUCCGAGAACAGGAGAAAAAACAGCUGGACGCUGAAGAAAGCAAGCGGCAACAGGUUAGUUAUAAUCAGCUGGAAAAAGUAAAAAAACAUACAAAAGUAGUAAUGAUAUCAUAAACAAAAAGUAAUGAGCAUUGAAAAGGUGGAGAGGGUAAACAUGCCAGAUCUCAUUAGUAAUUCUCCUUACUGUCUGCUAUACAAUUCCUAAUGUUCGUCUCGAGAAUUUGGUACCAGAUCAACUGAUACGUGGUAUUAAUUCUUUAUUCUCAUUACUUUCUGCUUGAUAUUGUUUGGAUAUUGUAAGGAGAAAUUCUGUCUUGGUCAUUCAUGUGAGUGAAAGGGUUAAUCUAGAAGAACUGAAACAAAAAAGGAACGAAUUGCAGACAUACAGGUACUGCUGUCCAAGCCGUGGCAUACGCAGGGCUCUGUUAUAAUUAAUAGCUUCUUCGGAAUCCAAGUAACCUUCGUCUUCUCGGAUAGGACGUAAAACCGUAGGCCCCGUCUCCUGCAGGGUUGGGGUAGGAGACGUUAAUUUCCCACGUACGAGAUUACUGUGUGGUGGAGUGGAAAUAGACACUGAUUGGUAACGUUUGGCAAUAGAAAUAGCGCUAUAUAAAUACUGUAUUAUUAUUAUUAUUAUUAUUAUUAUUAUUAUUAAUAGACCAGUAACGUUUGGUAACUACAUGUAGGCACGCGCUGCGGACCUGUUUGUUCGUGAACACACACUCUCUCAUUCUCUCUUACAUUUCUGACGUCAUAGUAAGUAGAGCAUUGUGCACAACUACAAAAAGGUUUAGACUUUUCCUUUAUUGAACCCACAGGAGGGCAAACGAGCUGAGGAAAGUGACGCUGAUAUCGAGGCUAAACAGAGAAUGGUGAGUCAUGUGACAAUAAAGCAGUUUCGAUUUGUUCUCAAGAGUGUUUAGAAUCGCACGCUCUAGAUUUCUUAAGUCUCUUUUUGGAUUUAAACCGCUUUGUGCACCAUUAAUUUUCUUAUUUUCCCGAACGUUGCACAGGAAUACCAGGAAUAUUUACAAAUGGAGAAGCAGUUACUAGAAGAGCUCGGCAUCAGAGAAGAAUCAGAUGAUCCUAUUGAGGUUUAGUGCAGGUUGUAAUUGUGUUGAAUACACGUUCGUCUGUUAACAGGUCCUGUAGUUAUACUAGGUUGUAAAUAGUGUAUUUUAUACUGUUGUACAUUUUCUGGUACUUAUUUCUUCCGUACGAUUUCUGGUCUUGUCUCAUGAGGGUCGAUCGUGAGCAAAUCGUCUCAACGAGAACACACGAAGGCUCCCGAUUCUUAUUUCCUGCCACAAAAGAGUUUUCUGAGCGUUCGCGAAAACACUGAAUAUUACGUCGUGUUGCGUAGCAACAUCUGAUAAACCCAAAGACUGCUGACUCAGUUUAUACCAGAUAUCUAGCAAGUAUCAGGGGUUUUAUUUUCCAGUGCAGGUUGAUAUAAGCCGCCAACCGAACUUUAACUCAGAGCGUUUAUUUCAUUGGUAUUCACAUCUUGAACAAAAGAAUACCGCGAACGUCUAAGUCAUUGUUUACACUUGAAAUGAUUAAUUAUUUUUAAACUAUUGUCGACGUUUGAAGUAAUAAAGAAAUUCAUACCAGCAAUCAGGG